AGCAGAGCAGUGGAGGGUCGGCACGUCCGGGAGGGCCCUGGAGGAGGUUGUUCCGCGGGCCGGUGCCGCUCCCAAAGCUGAGGCGCUUCCUCACCCUUCCCAGACUAGCCGCCUGCCCCUUGGAGUGCGCCUCUGCCGCCCUCGUGCCCAGGUACCUGGUUUCAGAGAAGAUGACAGAGGAACUGGACCACACAGGACAGGGCUCUGAGGCAGAUAGUGAAGAGGUGGUCCUAACUCCUGCAGAGCUCAUUGAGAAGCUGGAGCAGGCCUGGAUGAAUGAAAAGUUUGCCCCUGAGCUGCUGGAAAGCAAGUCUGAAAUUGUAGAAUGCGUCAUGGAACAGCUCGAUCACAUGGAAGAAAAUCUCAGGAGAGCCAAGAAGGGGGAUCUGAAAGUCAGUAUCCAUCGAAUGGAGAUGGAGAGGAUCCGCUAUGUCCUUAGCAGCUACUUGCGGUGUCGGCUUAUGAAGAUAGAGAAGUUUUUCCCUCAUAUCCUUGAAAAGGAGAAAACACCCCGUGAGGGGGAGCUGUCUAGUCUUUCUCCAGAGGAGCUGAUCUUUGCCAAACAAUACAUGGCUAACACAGAGGCCUACCUCAAGAAUGUUGCCUUAAAGCAUAUGCCUCCUAAUUUACAGGUGGUGGACCUCCUGAGGUCAGUUCCCAAACCAGAUCUGGAUUCAUACGUGUUUCUGAGAGUGAAAGAACGACAGGAAAACAUACUGGUAGAACCAGAAACAGAUGAGCAAAGGGACUAUGUGAUUGACUUGGAAGAAGGCUCGCAGCACUUGAUCCGAUACAAAACCAUUGCACCCCUGGUCGCUUCUGGAGCAGUUCAGCUGAUUUAAAAUAAAAAGAUAGGGGGAUCCCUGGGUGGCUCAGCAGUUUAGCGCCUGCCUUUGGCCCAGGGUGCAAUCCUGUAGUGCCGGCAUCGAGUCCCGCGUCAGGCUCCCGGCAUGGAGCCUGUCUCUCCCUCUGCCUGUGUCUCUGCCUCUCUCUCUAUGUCUAUCAUAAAUAAAUAAAAUCUUUAAAAAAAUAAAAAAUAAAAUAAAAAUAAUAAAAUAAAAAGAUAAAUUCAUACAGCACAGAACCUUAAAAUGUUUAGGAACUUCUGACCACUUUGUGCCUAAGGACGACAGACUCUCAGCAGUGCAGUGAAUCACUGGGGCGUUGAGAAGAGCUCCAGGCAUGAUUGCUAACUUGUCACCCAUUCUGACUGCUGUGUUAGCCACAGUCGGCAGAUGGAGCUAUUGCUCUGUCGAUCCCACAUGCUGGGCAAGCCCUUGGAGACUCCCUUUGUGCCUUUUCACUUUGUGGUAUUUCUUGAGCUAAGGAAAGUGAAGCAACCACAGUUCAUAAAAAAGCAUUGCUGCCUAUGAUGAAGGGACAGUAGUUAGCCCUGCCCUGAGAGUGACUGGACAGUCCUUUCACUUCCCUAAUAAGAAAUGCAUAAAUAUGCAUUAGAAAAACAGAAGAUGAAAUAUUUUCUAGGUUAUCUCCCUGGUUUGUGUGAACUAACCUGAGGUUCGUAUUGGACUUUAAACCAAUUUGCCCUGAUUAACUGAGAAUCACAACUAAACCAAGAAACCAUUGCUGAGUUUCAGUUUUGUGCCAGAAGGACCCUCUGGCCAGUUCUCAGUUUGUAACCUAAUGAAGUAUGUGCUUCCUGCUGCUAACCUGCAACCUUCCCUGAAUCCCAGGCAGCUUUGCCAACCCAGCCUCCAGACCAUCUGGCCGUUCUUGGCCGGGGAUCUGCUAACAGCAACAUCACCUAUCCUAUCUUGUGACCUCAGUAGCAGCGUUUCUGUUUUUAGCUCUCCUUUCUCAGAGGAAGUGAAUGAAAUUAACAUGGGCAGAGAGCAUCACAGUGAUAACUGGAGGAAGGAUGUAGAGACAGUAAAUGAAUCAUCUUCCUUUCCUGAUAAAAAGGAAUCUGCAUUCCAGUCUUUCUUGCUAAUGAGAGGGCAGCAGAUUUUCACUUGUAUUAUUCAGGCUGUUAGAGUAAUCAAUAUGGUUCUCCUGUCCAAGAGAAAUCACUAAGUGAAAGCCAGGAGGGUUUUAUUUGUUAAUAAAAGCAUUUUAUAUUUCA